CAGACCUCAAGGGUCAUUCUCGUAUAAAGGGCUUCAAGUCAGCCUCAGCAGAUGUCCCUGUAUCACCGUUUCUAUCACCCGCUCGCUGCUGCUGCCGCAGACGAGUUAGAGCGAUGAGAGCCGCAGCGACGACGGCGAUCCUCGCCACGCUCCUUUUCGCAUCGACGUCGGAAGCGGGCCGGAACUUUACGCUCCGCGACGAUAUCUCCGGCAAUGGCUUUUUUGAUGCCUUCACCUGGUGGGACUCUGCUGACCCUACCCACGGAUUCGUCGACUACGUCUCCAAGUCCGACGCCCAGAAGGCUCAGCUCUCCUAUGUCGACUCCACGACGGGGAGAUUCGUGAUGCGUGCCGACGACAGCACAGUCCUUUCGGCCGGCUCAUCCACGGGCCGCAAGAGCGUGCGGAUCCACAGCAAGAAGCUCAUGGGGGACGGCGUCCUCAUCGCUAAGGUGUCGAGGAUGCCCGUUGGCUGCGCAACAUGGCCGGCGCUCUGGACGAGCACGAGGGGCACUUGGCCCACGGGUGGCGAGAUCGACAUUGUCGAGGGUGCCAACGACCAAGGGCCAACAAAUCUCGCAAGCUUGCACACGAGCAACGGCUGCUCCAUUGCGGGUGGGUCUGGAUACGGAAACCUUACGACCGUGGACGCAGCGACGAGAAAUACGACAUCUCUCACAACCGCAACUCUUAGACUGGACUCGGGCACGACAGAGAGCACGUACUGCGGGUACCAGCCCGGCUGCUCUGUGCGUUUCUCCGGCCAGAAGUCCUUUGGCAGCGAGUUCAACGAUAACAAUGGAGGCUUCUUUGUCAUGACGCGGGAUACCAUCGCCGGUGGAUCCGGAAUUUCCGUCUACUUCUGGCCCUCAACCACCGCUCCUCCCUCUCUCCUGACUUCGAGCCCUGCUGCACCCUACUUGCUCCUGCCCGACCUCAACACCUCCUCUUCCGCCCUCACCACCUCGUCCGAGGGCCAAGACUGGGGCGUGCCAGCGGCCCACUUCCCCAACAAUGCCACGACGUGCGAAAUGGACAAGCUCUACGGCCAGCACGAAAUCAUCAUCAACCUGUCCCUCUGUGGCGACUGGGCCGGCGCGACCUUUGACUCGGUCAGCGCCUGCCAGCUGACGGGCUCGUCGUGCGAGGCAUACGUCGCGCGCAAUCCAUCGGCCUUCACGAAUGCUCGCUGGGAGAUCGACUACCUGCACGUAUACACCGACUCUGCCCUUCGUUCCGCUCUCCGUUCUCACCAAGGUACCCUAGUCACCGCUCUCGUCGUUUGCGUCUCUGCACUGCUCGUCUUCUUCUAGUUUCUUUAAUGGGACAUUCGCACAUCAUCACGCUCUGUUGGUCUUGUACAGUACAUUGUAUAAUCUUGCUAGCAUGGAGACGCCAGCAGCUAGAAUG